AUGGCUGAAGAUAUAGAUUUUAAUGAUAUCCUUGAAAAUAUAUUUUUAAGUGAAAACACUCAAUGCAAGGAAAGUUACAACGAAGGUUAUAGGACUGGUUGUGACGCAGGAAACCCCGAGGGCUUCCAUUUAGGAUAUCACAGGGGAGCUGAAAUUGGCAGAGAAUUAGGAUACUAUUAUGGUAUAGUGAAUAAUUAUCUGGAAGAGGAUGAUAAAUCCGAAGUAAAGCAUUCUGAGAAGACUAUCAAACAACUAAAGAGAGUUAAAGAACUAAUUGACACAUUCCCUCGCACAAACUCUGAGCAGCACGAUAUAUUAGCCUUGCUUGAGAUUAUUAGAGCACAAUAUAAAAAGGCUUCAAUGGAAUCAACAAUAACAAAAAUUCACCACCAUUUGGAUAGAAUUUUAAAGUAUUUAAAUCCUCUAUUGCCCCUAGCAAACUGUCAUAUGGUGGAAUUCUUCACUGAGUGUCACUGGGAUGAGUUGCUACCAAAAACUUUAAGACAAUUGUUAAAUGAAUGGGAUCUAAACUUUGCCAUUGAGAAAUUCUGGACUUAUACUUCAGACCAAAAUAAUAAUGACAGAUGUGAACUUCGCCAAUGGAUUCAUACGGCUCAAUCACACUGUCUGACUGUAAACAAUGGUUACUGUCUUUCAAUUGAUCAGCUGCAAAGCCAUAUCAAUAGUUGGGGAGGAAUUAUAAGGCCAGAGAUUAAGGUUCAAGAGUUUAUGACUAGCAAGAAGAGUUAUGAGGUACAAGCUAUGUCCAGUUUGGUUGCAUCACUUUAUAAUGUGACUGGGUCCACUCAUUGUCUAGAGGCUGGUGGGGGACGAGGUCAUCUGCUAGUUGCACUUACACUUGGAUACGGCAUACCUAGUCUGACUGUAGACUGCGAUGAAAUAGCUUUAAAGAAUGCUGCCAAGAGAGUCAAAAUUAUUCAGAAACAAUGGCAGGCGAUUGCCAAGAAAAUAACUAAUGGAACAGAAGAGUGCAUCGGUGAGAGUAUAAGAUGUGACAUUCAUCGCUUUGCAAGCGCUUUUGUAACAACUAAAACUGAUAUAUCAACAAUUAUGAGGAAUGCAUUUCCUGAGCAUUGUGAUAAAGAUGUGAAAAUUCUGUUGACAGGACUCCAUACAUGCGGAAACUUGGGACCUGAUUCUCUCAAGAUAUUCAAGUCACAACCGUCGACCAUGGGCCUAUUCAAUGUCCCUUGUUGCUACCACCUCCUCACCGAGAAAGUAGAUGCUGGUCUAUUUGAUGCGUUUCAAAGGGAUUACGGUUGUGGCCAAGAAUCAGUACAUGGUUUCCCUAUGUCCGAGUAUUUGAGAGGUUAUAACCUGGGACGGAACGCUAGGAUGCUCGCCGCUCAGUCUAUAGACAGGGUCGUGUCUCAGAAACAGUUGCCGUCAAAGAGUUUGCUGUACAGAGCCUUGUUUCAGGUGAUCGUGAAGAGACAUGUGCCAGGGUUCGCUUUAACUGAAGGGAGACUGAAGCGGUUAGCUACAAAUUGUAAUGACUUUACGGAGUAUUUCAAGAUGGCGGACAGCGUGCUCGCAUUGGGUCUGUUUGACAGGCUACCUGACAGUUACUUGAAAGAACUGUCUAGAGAUUUGAAUUGUCAAUGGAAACAAGUUGUAUUAUUUUAUUUGUUGAGGUUAUGUUUGGCGCAGGUGAUUGAGAGUGUUUUGUUGUUAGAUAGAUUGCUGUAUUUAUUAGAAAAUGGGUUUGAAAAGGCUUAUAUAGUGAAAUUGUUUGAUCCUGUGCUGUCGCCUCGGUGUCAUAGUAUUGUGGCAGUUAGGUAG